AUGCCCACAACCAUGCCCCCUGCAACGGCCGAAGUUUAUCCUAGAAACCAGCCUUUUUGGCGCCCCCCUCACAUAUUCACUAUAUUGUUACCUUUGAGGUUCACUAGGGAACCUACAGAGGAGAGCUACAGAGAUCAAGUUCUAAGAUUGAUCCCACAAAGUGUGCAACAUGCUAAGCACAUACAAGAAAUAUCCACUCAGCUGCAGCUUGAUGUUUGGAAGCCACACAACAUUGAAGACAUUUUUCCUGGAAAUGAAAUAGAUGUCCAUGUACCAUUUGCGACUUUGCAGCAGUUGAAAGAGAACCUUCUUCAAUAUGAUAUUCAGUUUGAAGUACUGAUUAAUGAUGUACAAGAACUUAUAGACAGACAAACUAUGGGUACACACAUCAGAAAGAAGCGAUCUUUGGCCAAUUUUGACUAUAAUAAAUAUCACCCAAUGGAUGAGAUUUAUCACUGGAUGGAGCAGAUUAAAGAGAAAUACAGUGAUCUUGUGACAAUGCACUAUCUAGGAUCUACAUAUGAGUUGCGACCUAUAUUUUAUUUUAAGAUUGGAUCGCCAUCUGACAAGCAAAAGAAAGUCAUUUGGAUGGAUUGUGGAAUUCAUGCUCGGGAGUGGAUCUCAGUAGCCUUCUGUCAGUGGUUUAUUAAAGAAAUUCUUCAUAAUCAUGAUUCCAAUCCUAUAUAUAAAAAAGCUCUUCAAAAUAUAGAUUUCUACAUUGUGCCUGUCCUCAAUAUUGAUGGAUAUAUUUAUUCUUGGCAAACGGAUCGUCUUUGGAGAAAAUCCCGCUCACCACAUAAUAAUAAUACCUGCUAUGGUGUUGAUCUCAACAGAAAUUUCGAUUCUCAGUGGUGCAGCAUUGGAGCCUCACGAAAUUGUAGUGAAAUGACAUUUUGCGGAACUGGACCUGCUUCAGAACCAGAGGCGAAAGCUCUGUCUCAACUUGUGGGAAGUCUUAAAUCUGACAUCUUGUGUUUCCUAACUAUUCACUCUUACAGCCAAUUAAUUCUCCUUCCAUAUGGUUAUACAAAGAAUCAAUCUGUCAACCACAUGGAGAUGCUGACAGUUGCCCAGAGAGCAGCAGAUAAACUCAAAGCAAGGCACGGCACACAGUAUAAAGUUGGAUCAGCAUCCCAAAUAUUAUACAGCAACUCAGGGUCUUCGAGGGACUGGGCCACUGAUCUUGGAAUUCCUUUUUCUUACACAUUUGAGCUGAGAGACAAUGGUACCUAUGGAUUUCAGCUUCCUGAAAACCAGAUUAAGCCCACCUGUGAAGAGACUACAGAUGGAAUGAUAACAAUCUUAGAGCAUAUUAAUGAAAAGUACUUCAACAGUGCCACAAGCAUAUUCUCUGAAGGUCUAUGGAUGAGUUUGUUUUUGUCAUGUAUUAUUAGCACAUAUUUAACUGUAGUAUUGCCCUGGGACACUCCCUGUAACUGCACAGUGGCUGUCACUCCUGUGUGUGCCCCCAGGCGGGUCCCUGCUCGAGUGUUUGUGUCCCUGGCUGAAGGUCAUCCUAGGGGUAGUGCCAUUAUCUGCAAUGGGUGUAUGCUGAGCGGAUCCUUCUCAGUGUGCUCUGCUAAUUCCUCCAGCAGCUGUCAGACCUGA